ACGUCUUCCUCUGCACCUUAUACGCUACCGCCCUCGGCGAUUGCGCAGUGAAAGAAGUUGUGAUACGCAGCUGCAAUAGAACGGAUCCGUAUAGGAGAGUAAGGGACAGAGAAUAGAGUAUCAUCGAGCGAAGUGUUUUCUUGUCAGCGUCACAUGAGUCGGCUUCCGCAAAUACCUUAUUAUUGUUUGACAUGACUUUAGAAGACCCAUUUUACGUCGUCAAAGAUGAGGUGUUUAGAGCUCUGAAUAAGACCCGCGGGUUAUAUAUCCGCUGGCAAGAGAUAUCAAAGGCACCGGUCGCACCAAACAGCCCUGAAGUGGAGUGGACGUCCACGGAACUAAGAAACGCUCUUCGGAGUAUUGAAUGGGACUUGGAAGACUUAGAAGAUACAAUAAGCAUAGUUGAGAAGAAUUCGUCAAAAUUUAAGAUCGACAACAAGGAAAUCUGCGACCGAAGGACGUUUAUAGAAGCAACUAAACAAGAAGUAAAGGUAAUGAAAGGCAAGAUGAGCCUAAACAGAAAUCGGGACAACGAUGGCACCGCCAGGGAGCCACUUCUCGGCGAGGAGAGCCCCAUGCACUUCGGCAAUUCCUGGACAGCGACGCCCAAGUACUCCAAAUAUUCCAAGCUCGCUAAUCAGACGGACAGCCCGAGCCGCUUCGACACUUACGACGGCGAUAUAAUGUCCAUGCAAGAUAAGAUGUUCAUGGGUCAAAACGAUCAGUUGCACGUCAUCAGCAAUUCGGUGGGAUCGCUGAAGACUGUUUCCAAACAGAUUGGCAUCGAGCUGGACGAACAGGCCGUUAUGCUGGACGACCUCAACACAGAGAUGGAGAACGCUGAUUCGAAACUCGAUUCAACUCUUAAAAAGGUCGCCAGAGUCCUUCACAUGAAUAAUGAUAAACGUCAAUGGAUGGCAAUUGGAAUACUCGUCGGUCUGCUGGUUAUUAUAUUGAUUCUCUUUGUUAUACUUUAAGCGGUUUGGAAUCGAAGUGUAUUGUUGGCCCUUGGUUUUGUUUCUCGUUUCCAUUUAAAUAUUCGUUGUAUAUUAUUAAGAGCUCUUCAAUCGUUUCAAUUGUUAUCAAGAAGGGUGGCGUUUGAAGGGUUACGAUGGAACUCGAUUGUCAUGUCGAUGGUAUGACGAAACAUUUGUACUGAAAUCGACCCAUUUUAAAUGAGUGUUAGCUUUAAAGUGUCCUAAUCAUAACAUGUUUAGUCGCUAAUUUAUAUAAUUAGUCGCAAGUAGCCCAAAAAGGCUAGUCGUCUUUUAUUACUUACUAACAGGUUUGAUUUACAAUACCUCGAUCGUAACCCUGGACUCGCUGGGGGGGAGGAACUAUACAAUUCUAAAGUAGUAACAAGAAGUUAUUUUAAUACUAGUAGGUAGGUUAUAUUGUACUGUAGCUAGGUUAGAUGACGUAGAUUACAGUUAUGUCGCUUGAGAAUUUUUACAGCAAAUUUGAUACAAGUUUAAGUUAACACAAGACGAACUAUAGACAAUACAAAUCCGUUAGAAUUUAAAUUAACAAACAUAGAUUAAAUUAAAUCAAGCGAUUUAUAAAUUGCAAAAUACUUGUAUUAAAAUAAACGUUUCUCAAGUUUUUCCUGUCGGUGCGAACUCGUCAUUUGUGUAUUAUCGUCUCCUUAUAUUAGACUCAAUCGAUAAAACAAAAAAAUAAAUAUGUACUUGUAUAAAAGAUAACUGUGUAAAAGCUUAAACUUAUUUGAUUAUCAAUUAUAGUGGCUUGGAUUUUGUGUGCACUUUGAAAUACUAUUUACCACGACGAUAAUUAAUUUUGAAGUUUAUCGCGCUACUGACCGUAUCGCAUACGACCCUUCGACACACAGUCGUCGCUUAUGUAUGACAUAGUCAUAUUGUAUAAUUAGAAUUAAACAUAGUUUUCAUACGCGAAUUAAUUAUAAGCAUGGGCGCAGCGAGAAAAUGGCCUUUAACACAAGAAUCCCUUUGCCUCGAAAGUAGUGCCUAAAGCUUAACAUCGUCAAAGUAAAUAAAAUAUAACGGAAAUAUAUUUAAAUCGAAUUUAAAUAAUUUUAACAUCAACGAUCGUCAUGUCAGUGCCUUUGCACUAUUGUGUAUUUCUCAGAUGAAUUGCUACGCCCAUGUGUAUAAACGUGUUUCUAACAUGAAAAGAUUUUUAAAAAAAAUUAUGUAUUUUUGUGAUAAAGCUUAAAGUUGAGGUCGAAACUUAUACUUCGACGACCGCAUGUUCUUUGAUUAAAGUACGCGUAACUUUAUAGUUGUAUGAUUGUUGAUAUUAAUAACUGUACUUGUUAGCCCGGGGUUAUUUUAACUUGUAUAUUGUUUAAUGUGUUAGUCGAUCGUAAUGGGGUCAGAAAUACGAAAUAUCAGGCAAGUUCGUUAGGUCUCUUCGUGGUGGAAUCCUGUAAUAAAGAUAUAUACGUAAUAUAUUAUUGUUUGAAGGUGCACUUUACAAACGUGAAGAGACGAACUAAACCUAAUGUUGCUCUUCAACUGAAACGGUUUACAAUUCAAAGUUUACGAUUAAUUGCUAUUCUUCUGAAAGUCACCAAGCGUUUAGGAACGCUAUGUAAGUAUAUGUAUGUUGACAACUUAAGUAUGUUAAGAGAAGUUGUCGUUUGAUGCAGAUGCAGCUUAUGACGCUCACUUGACUGCGGAACUAUCGAAAUUAACUAUAUGAUAAUUAUUAUUUAUUAAAAUGAUCGAGACCAUAAAAUUGUGUAAUCGUAACAAUGAAUUACCAAAGUGUCAAAUACAGUUUAGAAGAUAAAGUAAUUAAUGUCUAUUUAUAUUGUAAAAAUGAAACAUUUUUGUAAACACAAUGAAACCGCUUCCUUCUUAGUGUUCAUGUUUUUAUUCCUUGUUUGUUAUGAGGACACUACUAUUAAAUUAAUUCUAAUUAUUUAUAGACGUAAUAUCAUUUUAAUCAUUUAGGAUCAUAUCGUUGAAUCGGUGACAUACUAACUCAUUUUAGAACUAUUAAAUCGCCAAUCUAGCGUGGCUCACGCCACUUCUUUCGUAUAUUAUUUUCAUAAAUAUCUUAAUAUGUUUUGAAAAGCAAUUAGUAUUAUCCAAAAGAUACUCUCUAAUUCUAUUUAGGCGAAACAUUUGAUUUUGAGGCAAUUGAGCGAUUAGAUUUAAAAUAUUCAUGUAUAAAAUUAGAUUUUGUUAAAAUUAUAGAUCACCUUAACAGUAUGAUCCUAAAUCGAAGGACAAGAAUUCCAAAUAAAUUAUUUAUAUGAAUUAUUUUAAGUGUAAAUGUUAAUAACAAUAGAUGGAUGUGAUGUAUAUUUAUUUGUGCGUUUCUAUUUGGAAAAUAAAGACAAACGAAAAGACG